AUGGCUGAGCAAGACUUCCCUCCUGCCGAAAUCCGGGAGAUUCUCCAAGAGGUGACGUCAUUUCUGAAGUCCCGCAACGAGACCGUCAGUGUUGCAGAAACGGCUGCCGGCGGUCUGAUCAGCAGCUCCCUUCUCUCUGCUCCUGGCGCCAGCGGCUAUUACAAGGGCGGCCUGACACUCUACACCCUGCCAUCCCGCAUUGCCUAUGCUGGCUGGACGCAGGAGAGCAUCAAGGGAUACAGAGGCCCAACCACAGACAUCGUAACCGGGCUGGCCAAGCACGUGCGGAAGGAUCUGGACAGCACGUAUACCAUCUCGGAAAGCGGCACCGCUGGACCUACCGGCAGCGACACUCCAAAUCGGACGCCUGGGUACGUCGCCCUCGCUGUCGAUUGCGAGAAAGGCACUUUCGUGAGGGAGCUGAACACGGGACUGGGUACCGACAGAGUUGCCAACAUGAAGAGGUUUGCUGUGGAAGCGCUGAAGCUGCUCAAGGAUGUCAUGACGGAUGAAGCAAAGCUUUGA